AUGAUUGACAAUGAACAACUACCAACAGCCGAAUGGUUUGUAAGAGAUAGAUAUAUGUUGGCUGGAGCCAUGAUUGCUUUCAAUAUUUUGAUGAUCGUUAACAGUGUUAUUCGUCUAGUUGGAUUGUGGGAAAAUAUAGUAGUUACUUGUAUGCUGGCUAUUGUCAUAAUGUAUAUCCCCCUUUCAACAUGCUUUCACUUUAAUCCCAUGGAUGUAGAUCUCAAAUUUUCUCCCUUGAAAUCUACAAAACUUUCCAAAAAACAAUGGUUAGUACUAUUCGGUGUUCAUAUAGUUCUAGCUGCUUUAUACACAACCUUGUUCCUAUUUGAUGAAAGCUCUCUGGGAAAGGAAGAAUUGAUUUUGAAUUUUCGAUUAAUUAAAUUUAUUUGUCAACUAAUUAACAUCCUUUCGAUUCCAAUAAGUUAUCAUGCGAUUCUUUUGUGGAACUCUGACAAAUUGAGAUUCAUAGGAAAGUAUCCAGGAACAUCUAUAAAGUGGACGGGAUUGAUGAAAAGGAAUCCAGAUGGAACAUGGGAAGUGGAUCAAACUCCAGAAGAUCAUAAUGCCUUUGUUGUGUGA